AUGCCAUAUAUGUGUCAUCUCUGUCCGAAGCGCUAUAAAGGAAGACAAAUACUAAACACACACAGAAAAGUGAUCCACAAUUUUACAACUAAAGAGAUUGAAUCAGUACCGCAACUAUCACUCAAGUGUUCCUACAGUUACUGCAACUAUAUUGCUAAUAGUGUGAAAAGCCUCGAACAUCACAUUACAACUGUCCAUCUGCUGGUGAACUUUGAAGCCAAAGAAGUGAAAUGUCCGGACUGUCAAAAGACAUUUGGAUGCGAGGCUUCGUUUUAUAGACACCGGCGUACUUAUCACGGUAUUGGCAAAAGUUUGCCGUAUAUUAAUUGCAAUUGGCCCGGAUGUUCAUACAAGACAUGUGAAAAGAAACAGUUCAUUAACCAUCAGAAACGACACACUGGUAUCAAAAUGUUUGCCUGUGAAUGGCCCGGUUGUGACUAUAAGUCGGUAACCAAAAGUGAAUUGGACAGACAUUGCGAGCGACACAAUCAAAAAUUUGAAUUCAAGUGCCAUUGGCCCGGCUGUGAAUAUGCCUCUAAAACAGGUCGCUAUUUGAAACGGCAUACGAUAACAAUUCACGAGACAACCCCUUAUAUACAUGAAUGUCAUUGGCCCGGGUGUGACAAAAAGUUUCGUUUUAAGCAAUUGUUGUCCAUUCAUGUACGGAACAAACAUGGAUUGGCAGACAAACAGUGUCCUCGAUGUCCUAAAAUGUUUAAAGCCAAUAGAUAUUUGAAAGAUCACAUGAAAAUACAUGAUAAGAGUUGA